AUGACAGAAGCUGAAAGAAUAUUGGCCCUCAGUCCCCGGCAGCCCUUAAAUGGGCAGAGGGUGCUAAGAAUAUCCGGUUUUGCAGGGAGAGGUGAAAUGCCUAACUCCACUCAAAUUCAAGCCGUUAAAGUCGGCAGCCUUAAUGUUGGCACAAUGUCAGGAAAGGGGAGGGAGGUUGUGGAUCUCAUGGAGAGAAGAAAGUUGGAGGUACUUUGCCUACAGGAAACACGAUGGAGGGGGAAUAAGGCCCGAGAGCUGGGGAGAGGCUUUAAGCUUUUCUACAGUGGAGCAGAUGGAAGAGGAAGGAAUGGAGUUGGAAUAAUCCUGAGUCCCAAUCAUAAAGAAAACGUCAUCAGUGUCUGGAGAAAGAAGGACCGAAUAAUGUUGAUUAAACUAAUUAUCGGAAAUACAAUCAUUAAUAUAAUGAGUGUAUAUGCACCACAAGUAGGCUGCGAUGAUGAAGAGAAAGACAAAUUUUGGCAAGACCUAGAUAGUAUGUGCACAGAGAUACCGGAUGUUGAAACAGCCUUGAUUGCUGGCGAUUUCAAUGAUUCCACGAGACAUAUUCCACAAUGGUCUCUAGAUAUGACAGUUCAAGAAAUUAUCUAA